CUGUCGAUUAAUCAAGCGUUUCAGUUAAAAGAAGCCUAUCGCCGCUUCUUCCCUAUAGGAGCUUUCUUGUUAGUGCCAUUGAUAGGACCUCUCUUCGAAUGCAUUUUCAAGAAUCCAGACGAAGAAAUGAAGAAGAAGGGUUUGGCCACCAUAAUGGAGAAGACAGAAUGUCUGCUGGAUGACAUCUUGUACUUCCAUGACAGAAAUAUGAAGAUUAAAAGAGGAGAGCCAGUCGACUGA